AUGUUCUUUGCCUGGGAGAAGGAGCCUAUCCUGCAGAAGGCCUCUGCGGGCACAGAAGGCCUGGACGCAGGGGAGCAUAGCUUCUGCUUCUCUGUAUAUGCUCUCGCAACACUAAGUCUGUCCGACCCAGAAUGUCAGGCCCUGCUCGCAGCAUCGCGGGAGUCAACUCUACGGACUCUUCAAUUGGCCACCGAAGCAGCACUGAGGAGUGCGAAUUAUGUCUCAACGAGAUCCUUGCUUGUAGUCCAAGCUCUUACAAUGUACAUGCUUUCCAUGCGCAAUCGCGCCCGGCCCGCAACCCUCUUCACCCUCCUUGGUGUCAUCCUUCGAAUCUCACAACGCAUCGGCAUACACCGAGACGGCGACAUUCUGGGACUUCCGGUCGUCAAAGCCGAAGAACGCCGCCGUACAUGGUGGCAGAUCCAAUACCUCGAAAUCUCCAUUUCCCAGCUCAUCGGCUGCAUCUCAAUCACUCUCUACGCAGGCUGGGACGUGAAGCUUCCUGCCAACCUCAAUGACGAGGAUUUUUCCUCCGACAUGACCACUCUCCCACCCAGUCGCGUCGGCCUUACCAGCAUGUCUCCCGCGCUCUGGUCCUACUUCGUCCUCGACUACACCCGCCGCAUGCGCACACCUCCCACAUCUGCCACCUGGAUCAUCCUGAACGACUCCGGGCCCGAAAACCAAGCCACCAUCUACGAGGGCUAUCGCUCCAUGCUCGCCGACCGGUUCCUGCAAUACUGCGAGAUCCUUAACCCUUUACACGUGCUCAUGCAGAUUCAAAUCCAGGUCUUCCUCCUGGCCAUGCAACGCGUGGGCGCACAACCAAACCUACGCAGCUCACGAAUAUCAGACAUGCCACAAGCCAACCGCGAUAAGCUCCUCGCUAUCUGCAGAAAGGGCAUGGACUACUACAUAUUGGGCGAAACGACACCAGCACUGGGGAGGUUCAAAUGGAACAUUGAGAAUUACUUCCAGUGGACGGCGAUAGUCUAUAUUCUGAUCGAAGCGCAUCAUAGAGCAGCAACGAGGGAAGCGGAGGGUUUGUGGCAGUUGAUCAGCAAGGUGUGUGAAGUUCACCCCAAGUUGAUGACGGCAAUUCACUUCCCGGAGGUAAGUGCUGUGGCUAGGUUGGCGGUUCUGGCGUGGAGGGAACGGAGGGAGAGUUGGGAGAAGGGGCUCUCAGGCGAUGGGUCAAGGGAGCAGACGCUAGAGACGCCAUGGUGUGUUGAUACCUUCCAACAGAUGUUGGACGGUGGAAAACACAGCGAGGAGGGUGAGCAGGUCGCCGUGGAUGGGUUGGACGAUUUUGAUUUUGAUUUGAUCGAUUGGGAAUUCUGGGAGACUGGCGUACGUGCUGUUUGA